AUGGUGAGCAAGGCGGAGGGAGAUAAAAGCAUGCUCACCAACUCCGUGUCGGACUCAGAGGUGGCGCCCACCCCCUCCCCUUCCGCCUCGCAGGCCUUGGAGGUCAAAUACUCCUUCCUGGACACCAGCAGCAGGUCACAGCAGCAGGUACGGAAGAGAAACAAGGCCCUCCAGGUGAGAUUCAAGGACAUCUGCGAGGCGCAGAACGAGCAGAGAGAGGCCGCUCUACAGAUGGCCGGGAAGGGGGGCAAGCCAGGCUCCUACAAGGUGGUGUACCGCAAAUACAUGACCGUGCCCGCUCGGCGCUCCAUCCCCAACGUCACCAAGAGCACAGGGGUCCAGACCUCCCCGGACCUCAGGAGCCGUUACAAGACCUUUCCCAUGGAGAGGAAGAAGGGCCACAGCCACACCAAGCAUGUGGAGAGAGACAAGGGCCACAGCCACACCAAGCAAGUGGAGAGAGACAAGGGCCACAACAAUGGGUUUGUCAUCGACGUCAAGCACUCCAGAGCUGUGGAGCGUUUUGGGGACAGGGAGCCUGCGGUGGAGGAGGAGGAGGAGGAACGGCCCCUCUCCCUCCAACACACCCGACUCCAACCCACAGGCCACCGACUACCAGAUCUGCACCGACUACCAGAUCUGCAGCAUCGACUCCAACCCACAGGCCACCGACUACCAGAUCUGCAGCAUCGACUCCAACCCACAGGCCACCGACUACCAGAUCUGCAGCAUCGAAUCAAACCCCUGGAAGGAUUAGAACACAGGGAACUGGACUCCUCGGACCGUCCGGCCGGUAAACGGCAGCUGCUCCACUCGGAGGAGCCAGGCUCUAGCAGGACUCUGCCGGGGGACAUGAGAGGGUCUUCCUCAGUCUCCAAGGUGACCGGCCCCAUCUCCUGGAACUCUCUGACCCAGGUGGAGUGUCUGGAGAGCCCGACAGCACGGAGCAAACGAAUGAAGGGACUGGAGCUCAAUGGACUACAGUCUCAGACUCUCCCGCGGGCCGCUGGCUGCACUACUCAGGCACAGUGUCAUGAACCGGCAACGUUCUCAUCACAGACGUUCUCGGCCCGGACCACGGGGGAGGCGCUGGGCUGUAGGAGUAGCGGGGUCGAACCAGCGACCGUAGCGACUGCGGGGGGAGUUAACCCCGGAGGGGCCUGUAAGCAGAUAGUACCAGUACUGACUCAGAAAGGGGAGGGAGGAGAGGACGUGAAAUCACAGCUUCAGGCCAUGGAGAACCUGAUCUCCUCCAGCCAGGAGACCAUCAAGGUCCUACUGGGAGUUAUACAGGAGCUGGAGAAGGGAGAGGCCCACAGAGAGGGCCUCUCCUAUCGAACCGGACAGGACACGGCCAACUGUGACACGUGUCGGAACAGCGCAUGCAUAAUUUACAGUGUGGAGCUGGACUUCAAACAGCAGGAAGACAAGCUGCAUCCCCUGAUGAAGAGGCUGUGUCCUUUAGAGGACCCACACUUCUCUCUGCCUUACCCCCCUGAGGCCUUCACCUCCACCCCUAAACGCAAGGCCAAGGCCGACUCCAAGAAGCACGCCCGAUGGAAACUCUGGUUCCUCUGAGACAGGAAUUAAUAUCCAAAAACCCCAAACGUCGUCGUCUUAGGUCAGACAGAGCAACAAGUUGAGGACUCCGUCUGCACUGCGGGAUGAGGGACGAGCAUCGGAGUGACGUCACCUAUUGGAUUUACGGAAGACAAAGGCCCGAACUCCGAUUCAGCAGGAUAUCUUUGAUUUAUCCAUCUAUCAAUUCAUUCAUCUUUUGGAUCACAACAAAAAAACAGAAUCCCAAUGAAAGGUUUUUCAUGGCCUGGUAACCUCAAUCUGUCUGAAACUGGUGAGCCCUUCUAAUAAUGACGAUAGUGGAUAUUAUUGAACUGGGUUUUUGGUUUUGGAAAGAGCGGCAGGAUCUGUAAAAAGAGAAACAUAAAGUAUGGACCCCCCACACACACACAGAGAAUUUGAAUAUUUAGUCACUGUUUUCCGCCCCAAAACGAUCUAAUUUCCCGAAGCAGAGGAUUAUUAAAUUACACCGCGGCAACUUAUUUUCAGAUGAACAAGGUGACAAGCUGAAAUAGGAUGUCCUCUACCCUCACAUUUACAUCUAUUUAUUGUGUAGCUCUACGGAGUCUAUGGGAGUUUGAAUUCAAUGACAUGAUUUAUCGGUUCGUUCAGCAACAACCGUCUCUCUCCAUCUCCCUCGAGACUGAGUCUUUAAUGUGUUGUAUAUUGUAUCUCUUUGACAUUGCUUGGAGGUAUGGAGAGGAAGUGGACAGUUCUCAAGCAUGGCGUUCCUUUCUCCGUGCUCUGACAACUACAUCAACGGCAUAUCAGCAUAUCGGCUAAAGCACAACGUACUUAACAACUAUGUUCAGGAAGACUUUUCUCCACAGUGACUCAAAAAACACAAAAAAAAGACUAUUUUGACAAUAAUCAUCAUGAAUAAUGUAUUAGGAUCGUCGAACAGCAAAGGAGAGAAUGAAGACAUCACGGAUCAGAACAACUGAAACGGACCCAGGACGACGCGUCUCGAAGGAGAUGUACAUGAUGUGCAUGUAACUGCCAGAAUAAAAGGAAACACUCGGAGUAAAUUAGGAUUCUGCUGGUUCUGUUAUGGGAUGGUUUUAGGUCCAGUCAGCCCCUUAGAGAGCAGGGUAAACACCAGUAAACACACAGCCAAUCAACCAAUGGGGAAGCGUUUCUAUCCUCAUAGGAGUAGAUGACAAUACCCCCCCACACAGGGAACGUGCUGUCACUGAAUGGCUUUUCCACCCCCGUCAACAAAACACCAAGUGAUGGAGUUUUUCAUCACAUACCUGGAAGAGAGUUUCAGCCCCUUGUAGAAUCUCUACCAAGGUGGAUUGAAGCUGUUCUGGCUGCUGGUGGCCCAACACCCAAUUAAGACACUUUCAUGUUGGUGUUUCCUUUAUUUUGGCAGUUACAUACCUCUUUGCAUAAAUUGCCUUUUGACAUUAAACGAUGACUAAAUAACUUUUUUUUUUAUAUAAACAUUUGCAAAGUUUGG